ACCUUGGCAUGCAAACAGGUACACAAGAGCUUGACAUGAAGCACUGUAGUCUUUUGAAGUGAUGCAUUUAUUUGUCUUUUAACGUCGAGAAAAAAGAAUCUCGUUCUAAGCGGGUCCUUGCCUAUGGCUUUCGUUGUGGAGCUUUAACAGCUUGGAUGUUUAAAAAUAAGAUUUUACCUCAUUUUAAUUUAUUCUGUUCAACAAGCAAAAGACAGGAAGAGAACAGGAGGUGCAAAAAAGGCAUAAAGACGUCUGUACUUGAGCAGAGUUUUACAGGAGGAAUGUCACAGCUUAACAAUCAGAGUGACAGCAGUAGAGGUGUAAGGGAUGAAGAUGUGACUCCAAUUCAGGAAGAAGAGCAGGAGAAUAAGAUUUACAUGCCAAAUAAAUGUGAUGCCUCACUCCUUUCUGAAGAAGACUCACUCACUCAGAGUGCUGAAAAAACAACACAAACACACGUUCUUCUUCUAGAGUACCAGAGUCCUCAGCCAACCCAGAACAGACCAUCUGUGCUCUGCUCUACCUCUCUGCUACCUCUGGAACGCAACAGUAUUUCUCAGAUCUCACCUAAAAAGUGUGAGUCAGCAGUUAAAAGUGCCAGAAAGGAGCGUGAGUCCAUGUCUAUUCAAGAACAGAUUGAUCAGCACAAAAACCCCAGCACUCAUAUGAACAGCUUAAUCCAGUCAAAUGUCAUAAACUCUCUGUUUGUCAACGGCCGUUGUCGCUGGCCUGAUUGUGAUGAAGCCUUCAGAGAAUAUCCUGUUUUCCUGAAACACCUGAACAACAGACACAGCUGGGGAGAAAAAACAAUUGCACAGUGGAGGGUGCAGGAAGAAAGGGUUCGCCAGAUGGAGAGUCAGCUUGUUCAGGAAAGACAGAAGCUCCAGGCCAUGCAGCUCCAUCUAAGACUGACUGAAAACCCAAGAGCAGCUCUAGGCUGGUGGAGUCCGCUGGCACUGCCUGCACCCCCGUCUGAGGAGCCAGAUGGAAGUGUAGAGUGGGCCAUCGAUGCCACAGGGCGCCAUGAAUACUGGCCCACAGCCACCUCCCACCUACUGACAGAUUUCGUCAACAGUAUGGAAUGCUACAAAUAUGUCAAUAUCAGACCUCCAUAUACUUAUGCUUUUCUUAUUAGAUGUUCAAUACUGGAGGCACCAGAUAAGCAAAGAGCUCUGAAUGAAAUCUACAGUUGGUUCAUUCAAAGAUUCUUUUACUUCCGUCACAACACUCCCACAUGGAAGAAUGCAGUCCGUCACAACCUCAGCCUUCAUAAGUGCUUUGUGCGAGUGGAUGGAGGAAAAGGUGCUGUCUGGACUGUGGAUGAGAAGGAGUUUCAGAAGAGAAAGGGACAAAGGUUUAACAGGGAUUCUUUGAAAUGGAUGGCUCAUUUCUCUCAUCCUCCAAAAGUGCCCUAAGCUUUCCUGACAGCGUGCAAUGAGAAGCUGUUUCCCAUAAUGGUGUUGGACUGUGUUUUUUUUUAUUCAUCAUUUGUUUUUGUGUGACAAACUGUAAAGUCAAGUCUGUUUCUGUCAACUAGAAGCAGUGACAUUUUUUGACAAUAUCUAGUAUUUCCUAUGACAACAUUACAAUAAAUAAAAUAUUAUUAAAUCAAUUUUGUUGCAAGAUUGAAAUAGUUUUUUUUCUUUUGACACAUUUUCUACUUUUAAGCAUUUAUUUCUAGAAAGAAACAAACUUCA